AUCCCAAGCUUCAUCAAAGAAAUGGAGUUCCUCUCUCAGCAAGUAACCGCUCAUAACUGGGGUACACAUUCCGUCGACGGCGGCGGUGGCACCGUCUACGGCCUCGCGCAGUGCUUCAACGACCUCUCCCACACAGACUGCCUCCUCUGCUACGCCGCCAGCCGGACCACCCUCCCCCGCUGCCUCCCCUCCCUCUCCGCCCGCAUCUACCUCGACGGCUGCUUCCUCCGUUACGACCGUUACCGCUUCUACUCCGAGGAGACCGACCCCGUCAGGGACACCGUCAACUGCACCGGAGGGAAUGUGGAGGGGGUGGCUCAUCAGAGGAGUGUUGGGAGGGUAGUUGACAGUGUUGUUCUGAAGGCCGUCACUAAAGGUGGCGGUUUUGCCGUGGGAGAGAUUGAUGGAGUUUACGCUUUGGCGCAGUGCUGGAAAACCGUAGGGAAUGAUGGUUGCAGAAACUGCUUGAGGAAAGCUGGGAAGCAAGUCAGAGGUUGCUUGCCUAAAAAAGAAGGGAGAGCCUUAAAUGCUGGCUGUUAUUUGAGGUAUUCAACGGUGAAGUUCUACAAUGAGCAGCGUGUAGUUGAAGCUGGAAGCAGGCCUCUUAGGAGAGGAGUAAUAAUAGCAGCAGUGUUAGCAGUAGCUGCAGUUAUAAUGCUUUCUAUUUCAGCCUCUUAUGCGGCCUUCACCAAGUUCUCAAAGAUUAAAAAAGAAAACAAUAAUCGUGGUCAGAUUUGCUCUUCCAUAAGGGAGUCUAGCUUGAAUUACAAAUAUGAAACUCUUGAGAAAGCCACGGAUUAUUUCAACCCUUCAAGAAAAGUAGGCCAAGGCGGAGCUGGUUCGGUAUUCAAAGGUGUUCUCCCAAAUGGGAAAGUUGUUGCUGUUAAGAGGUUGGUCUUCAAUAACAGGCAAUGGGUGGAUGAGUUCUUCAAUGAAGUAAACUUAAUUAGUGGAAUUGAACACAAGAACCUUGUCAAACUAUUGGGUUGCAGCAUUGAAGGCCCUGAGAGCCUCCUUGUUUAUGAGUUCCUUCCCAACAAGAGUUUAGAUCAAUUUAUCUUUGAAAAGAACAAAACUCAGAACCUAAACUGGAAGCAGAGGUUUAAUAUCAUUCUUGGAACAGCAGAAGGGCUUGCAUAUCUUCAUGGAGGCUCCAAAAUAAGAAUCAUUCAUCGAGACAUCAAAAGCAGCAACAUUCUUCUGGAUGAGAAUCUUACACCUAAGAUUGCGGAUUUUGGUCUUGCUCGCUGUUUUGGUGCUGAUAAGACACAUUUGAGCACUGGAAUUGCUGGAACACUAGGUUACAUGGCUCCUGAGUACCUAAUUCGAGGACAACUUACCGAUAAAGCCGAUGUCUACAGUUUUGGAGUACUUGUUCUUGAGAUUGUAUGUGGCAGGAGGAAUAAUGUCUUCAGAGAGGACUCUGGUUCCCUUUUGCAGACAGUUUGGAAACUGUACAGAUCAAACACACUGGCUGAAGCUGUUGAUUCUUCUUUGAGAAUUAAUGAAUAUCCUUCAAAUGAAGCUUUAAGAGUGCUUCACAUUGGAUUGCUGUGCACACAAGCUUCUGCUUCCUUAAGGCCAUCCAUGACUCAAGUUGUGAACUUGUUAACUAAUUCGAAUUUGGAUUUUCCUACACCAACUCAACCACCUUUUAUGAACACGGGUGUGCCUGACUCAGAUAGCUCAAUUAGAUCUUACAGCACAAACAGCUUUGUGUCAAAUGCAUUGAAGAAGAUCGGAGUUUCCAACAGCUUCUCAGAGUCAUCGAGUUCGCGCAGUUCAGAUAGGCCAUCAUCAAGAAUUGAAGAACCAAUUGUCCAAGCUUGAUUUCCCAUAUAAUCCAAUGUUUCGGGAGCUCGUUAUAAUUAGUUAGGAAGUAAAUUAUUUCUGAGAACCGUGACUAAAGUUGAAAAAGUAGUUCACUGAUCACUAACCAUAGAAAUUUAAGUAAUAUAGCAUAUUUGAAUUUUGUUUACAAUAUUGCCAGAAUCUGAAUGGACUAUUGAUUCUUCACUAGGAAUUUUUAGUAACCAGAAAAGAAAGGACAUAUGUGUAAUUCUCAUGGCACAUAGCUCAUACUUGUUGGAUAGAUCAUAGAAUAACAUAUAUUUUUUACAUUUUUAAAGUUUAA